AUGACCGACGAAGGAACCAGCAAGACGUUGGAAGAUCCUUCAGUUUGGGAGGACAGUGUAAGUAUUUUAUUUGUUUUAAUUUUAUUAAUGUAGUUAAGUAUAAAAUAAACUUUUGUUUUUUUUUUUUUAUAUAUAUAAACAAUAACAAUUAUUGUUUAUGCAUCUGUCAAUAGGAUCGGGUUGAGGAUGAGAUUUUACUCAUGUCUAAUGAAGAAAUAACAUCGCGUACUCGUUUACUAGACAAUGAUAUCAAAGUUAUGAAAAGUGAUGUAAUGCGUAUAUCGCACGAAUUACAGUCACAAGCUGAUAAAAUAAAAGAAAACACUGAAAAAAUCAAAGUCAACAAGACACUACCUUAUUUGGUGUCUAAUGUUAUUGAGUUAUUGGAUGUUGACCCCCAAGACACUGAAGAAGAUGGUGCUGUAGUUGAUUUGGAUAGUCAAAGAAAAGGAAAAUGUGCAGUCAUCAAAACAUCUACGAGACAAGUUAGAAAAUGAUUAAACAUAUUAUUGUGCUAAUGUUUCUUUUUUUAUUUAUCCUAUUCUUAUAUUAAUUUCAGACUUAUUUCUUACCUGUUAUUGGUCUUGUGGAUCCAGAACAAUUGAAGCCAGGUGAUUUGGUUGGUGUUAACAAAGAUUCUUAUCUAGUAUUAGAAACAUUACCAGCUGAAUAUGAUGCUCGUGUUAAAGCUAUGGAAGUCGAUGAAAGACCUACUGAGCAAUAUGUAGAUAUUGGUGGCUUGGACAAGCAAAUUCAGGAGGUAAAUUAUUUAUUAUAUUUAUGUUCCAUUAAGUUAUAACUAACACUUAACAUAUAAUCCAACAAUUGUAUUCUAGCUAAUUGAAGCUGUGGUGCUUCCCAUGACUCACAAAGAAAAAUUCCUUAAUCUUGGUAUACAACCGCCAAAAGGAGUUCUUUUGUACGGUCCACCUGGUACUGGAAAAACACUUUUAGCACGAGCAUGUGCUGCUCAAACAAAAUCAACGUUUUUAAAACUCGCUGGUCCACAAUUGGUACAAAUGUUUAUUGGUGAUGGAGCUAAAUUAGUACGCGAUGCUUUUGCUCUUGCCAAAGAAAAAGCACCUGCCGUUAUAUUUAUUGAUGAACUUGAUGCUAUUGGUACCAAACGUUUUGAUUCCGAGAAAGCUGGCGAUCGAGAAGUGCAGAGAACAAUGUUAGAACUUCUUAACCAGUUGGAUGGUUUUAGUUCAACAGCAGACAUUAAAGUAAUCGCUGCUACAAACAGAGUGGACAUAUUAGAUCCGGCAUUGUUGAGAUCUGGUAGAUUAGAUCGAAAAAUUGAAUUUCCACAUCCCAACCAAGAAGCUCGUGCUCGUAUUAUGCAGAUUCAUUCAAGAAAAAUGAACAAAGUUGAUGUAAACUUUGAAGAACUUUCAAGAUCUACUGAUGAUUUUAAUGGAGCUCAGUGCAAGGCCGUUUGUGUUGAAGCUGUAAGUUGAUUUCUGUUAUGAAAUGUAAAAUUACAAAUUAGAAAUUUAUUGAAUAUUAAAACAAAUGCCAAAUUGGUCUACAGUUGACGUUACAAAUUCUAUAAUUGAAAUGUGUACAAAUUUUCUUUUAAAUCAUUUUCAACAAGUUUCAAUCUAUGCUUUGUCCUUAACUGAUACCAGUUUUAAUGAUUUGUUUGUUUAAUAUUUUUAUUUUUAUCAUGACAAAUUACAUGUCCUGAUUUCUCUUAAGUUUAAUCAUUAGUCUUUCAAAUAUAUGACAGCAUAUUUGAAUUCAAAAAAUACAACUUUGCAUCAUAUUGUGUUGUUAGUUUUAAUAUUAUAGUGAAUUAACCCAUUAUCAAACUUAAGAUAAGAAAAUUGUCUGUACAGUGUUGUCUUUUUUCUUGAUAUAUGCAAGUUUUAGGUGAUUUACUCUUGAUUGUUAAAGAAAAAAUUAGCACUGACAUCGCACAGUUAAUUUUUUUAUCUUUCAGUAUGUUAAUAUUAAACUCCCUUGUUCAAUUCACUCUGAUAUUAAAAUUAAAAGCACUAUACAAUAGAACCUCAUUAAUCUGGACUAAUUGGAACUCUAGGUUAUCCAAAUUAAUGAAAGUCCAGAUUAUACAAGAUAACCAAAAACUUACUUUUUUUUUACUAAUAAAAUUAUCUAACUUCAACAACUAAAGAAAAACGUGUUUUAUAUAAAAUGUGUAAUAGGUAUGUUAAUUUAUUUGUUCCAAAUUCAACAAGAUAGGCACGAUCUUUGAAAUACUAAAUAUCUUUGUUUCUAGACAGUCGGAAAAAACAAAUUAUCUGUAGAAGCCCCUUACCAGCAUUAUCUUGAAUUUUCUACUUGAAUUUGAAUUUUAUUUUAACUAAUAGGUAUAUCUUAUAACUAUUUUGCUCGCCCGUUAAUAAUUAUUAAUACAAUUUUGCAGUGACCCCCUUAGCAGUUAACCAGGUCCACUAAGUCCUUGCUACAUUAACAAAUUGAAUUAAUGAUUUUGUAAUAUUAUAUUAUUACAAUAAUGUAUACUACAUAUUAUAAAUAUGUUUUUAAUUGCUAUUGCAAUGUUACUACAAGUUGCUAUAUUGUGUUAUUAAUAUUUAUCUUAUGCGUGUAAUUUUAUCUUGCUGAACAUUAAUAUUAUAUUGUGAUAUAUCGCUCAUCCAACCGAGGAUUCUCCAUCUAGAUGAAGCAGACCAAGUAAUAUCUUUUUAUUUGUCAUCAGAAUUCAGUGUUCUACAUGCAUUUUUUUAAAUUAUCUUUUUACGAUCCAAAGCCAAACAAAUACCAGUAAUUAGAUUCCAUUUUCGUUCAAUUUUUUUUAUUUAUUUCUUUGGUAGUUAAUAUGAUGAAUAAUCACUUCAACCACAUUUUUAUUUCUUAGGGUCAGAGAUAGUAUCAUCACAUAUUUUUUUCUACUUUUUAUUUCAUUUUUCAUUUUAGAUUGAGACACUUAAACAUUUACAUUGUCGUUUUUAAUUGUAUGAUUUCUUUUUUUUACACACUUUUUUCUUAGAAUAAAAAAUAUUGAUAUAAAAAUAUAAAUCUUUUUUACUUAGCUGAAAUUAAUAUUACCAGAAGAACAAUAAAAAGAAAAACCCAGGUCUACCCUAUUAUGUAUACUAAAAAUGAAAUACUAACUAAAUAUAAAUAAAUUUUACUUCGAAAAUUAAAAAAUUUUUAAUUUAUCUUUUCAGGGAAUGAUUGCACUGAGGCGAGGUGCAUCAACUGUUACUCAUGAAGAUUUUAUGGACGCUAUCAUGGAAGUGCAAGCUAAAAAGAAAUCUAAUUUGAACUAUUACGCUUAA